AUGAGCUCGGUUACACGAUUACAAGAGAGUGAAGCCAAUGCAAAUAUCUAUCUAUCAUCAUUGAAUGAUGAUAGACAACAAGUACGUCAAUCAUGUUUAUCAUCAUCAUCAUCAUUAUCUUCUUCUUGUUCGUCUGAACAUCUUGAUUCCAUCAAAGAUAUAUUAUCAAAUCAUCAAAAAAUUAUUUUUGAUAAAGCAUUUGAUCAAAUGUUAACACGACAUUUUUAUUUAAUUCAACAUGAAUUUUCAUCCUCAGAUCGAUUUGAAGGUUGGAUUUAUACAAAUAAGCGUCACCGAUAUAAAAUCAUCAUUAGUUAUCAUUUAUCAUGUUCAUGUAAACAAUUUCAAAAAAAUGAUAUUUGUAAACACUUUCUAUUUGUACUCAAACGUAUUUUUAAUGUUGAUCUUUAUUCAUCUGAUCUUCGUCUUUCAAUUAUGGAAUAUCAUCGAUUUACUAAUAUUGAGUUAGAACAUAUUUUUCAAGGACAAAGUCGUCGACUUUGUUCGAUUGUUCCGCCAUUAUCACCCUUAAAUAAAAAAGAACAACUUCCUUUAACUUUUAAACGUCAAUCAAUUGAUUAUAAUGAUGUUUGUCCAAUAUGUUUUGAACGGUUACUCAUGAAAAAUAGAAGAUUAGUAACAUGUUUUUAUUCAUGUGGUAAAUCAAUGCAUGAAAAUUGUAUGAACAAAUGGAAACAUGUUAAAGGAAAAACAACUACUUGUCCACUUUGUCAUAAGCAAAAUCAAAUAUUAUGUCAAUUAAAAUAG